ACGAGGAGGAGAAAGCCAAGUUCCUCUCCCUCCUCUCCCUCCUCCCUCCCGGUAGCCUGGUCGUCACCGACUCUCAAGCCAUCGACGUCGUCCACGCCUGGACCUUGCCGCCACUUGGCGGGGACGAAUCAUUUACUAAGCUUCAAAAGCCGGUGGACAUUACCACCUUUAGCAUCGUCAUGAUUCAGCACAUGAGCGGGGGAAGGUUGGGGGCCUUUGUGGAGGGCAUGACCCGGCUGGUGGAGAUGGAGGAGGAGGCAAGGCAGGCCAAAGAAGGGAAAGAAGCGAGGGUGUUGAUAGCGGAGGCAUGCAAUCAUGUCCGGAUCCCAGAGGCGUGUGACGAUAUUGGCACGGUGCAGCUACCUCAGGCCCUUCGGAGGGCGUUUCCACACCUUGGUUUCCAUAUUCAUCACGCCUACGGCCGAGAAUUUCCCUGGCAGGCUUUGCAAGACGGAAGGUACGACGUAGUGGUCCACUGCGGCGGCUGCAUGAUCGACAGGCAAAAGGUGCGGGCCCGCAUGGAAGAAUGUGCCGACGGGGGGGUUGCCACGACAAACUAUGGCCUUCUGUUGGCAUACGCGGCUGCACCGCAGGCCAUGUUGAGGGCGGUACGUCCUUUUGGUGUGGAAAUACCAGAGAUAUUGAGCAAGCAUGCAACAAUGGUGGAACAGGAUGGAGAUGUAGGGCGGAGGGCAUCGAAAUCCGGGUCGUCUUGCCUGAACCCCGUGUGUGCCUUGUCCCCUCUGAUUGACAUGAAAGAAUGAGUGUAAAAAAGUCGCGA